UGGAAGGUGGGAGUGCGCGCGCAGCCUCCUCUCCCUUCCCCCCCCCCGCAGCUGCCUUCUGUGGGAUCCCGCUUGCCGAGAGCCGCCAUGUCUGAGCCAUCCCCCCCGACGGAGACGGAGUACGCCCUGCGCCGCCGCCUGCCCCGCCGUUUGCCCCGGCGCCGGAGCGACAUCUACGUCAACAUGAAGACGGACUUCAAGGCCCAGCUGAGCCGCUGCCAGAAGCUGCUGGCCCCCGGCAGCGGCAGCCCCGAGAUCUGCAUCCACGGCUUGGGCUUGGCCAUCAACCGGGCCAUCAACAUCGCCCUGCAGCUGGAAGCCACCGGCAGCGGUUCGCUGCGCCUGGCGGCCAACACCUCCACCGUGGAGCUCACCGACGUGGCUGAGCCGGAAGGAGACGCCGCCGAGCCGCUCGCCAGGACCCGGAACAACUCCGCCAUCCACAUCCGGGUGUGCCGAGUCGUCCCGGAGUAACCGCCGUUCCGGAUUGCCGGGGAGAGCCUGCCUCUGGCCCUUCCGGAGUCACUGGCGGCGCUUUGCCCACCUGGAAUGAUCCGCACCCUCCACGUGGCAGGGGUGCCAUGCUGUCCCCUAGAGCCAAUUCUGCCUUGCUGGCAAUCCUGGGCUUGCAGUUUGCCCGGUCUGAAGGCCGGCCCAGUGCGACCCAGUCUGCUCUCUCUUGGUUCACCAACGACAACAAAACCACCACCCUGUGGGGCAAGAAGUCCACUCAUGUACUGUACGAGAGCUUUUCUUUUUGGUCUUCUGGCUAAAUCAGGACCCCCCCUCCCUAUUCCUCAGCUGCUUGCUGGGCAUGAAGAUCUCUGUGGGAACCGGAGCUACCCCGCCCCACAAGGCUGCCCUCUUUGGCACCCCGAAACUGAAGUGGAACAAAGGGAUGGGCUCCUGCGCCCUCCGAGGCCUGAUCCAGCUGGUUUCCCUGGCCUAAAAACAUUUCUGUUGCCUGCGCAGGGUUUGCUCACAAGGAAGCCUGGAGGGUUGCUGACUGUGGAGUCCGGAUUUCUUAGUGCUGUGGCUUCUAAAGGUGUCUCCGUGUGCGUGUGUUACGGCAUUUCAGGUUCUAUGUGUGUCUCUUGCUCGGAUCUGGGAAAUAAACAAUUCUCAAGUGUUCUACGAGGAGGAAAGGG